AAUAUCAGACCGUGGUCAAGUCACGAGAUAUGUGGAGGGAAAGAAGAUUGCUCAUACGGACAAGCAAAAGAAGGUCGGGCGGGACAGACGGCGGGGCUUUGAUGGUCGAGGUACGGAGAACGGAUAAGCGAGGGGCGGAGUGGGAAGCUGCAACGAGCGACAACAGCCUGAGGUGCAUGUGAAACGACGGCUUGGCAAUUGAAUCAUUGUAUCAACAGCGAGCCUGCCCCAUAGCAUCAUCGCCGUCGCAUACAGGGAGAGUUGGCUGUCUAGCAUCUGCACCUCUGGACGGAGCCGAUGCGCUCUCUGGACCUCGUAGCUGCCGCUGCCGGCUCUCAAUACAGACCCAUGACUAGACUGACGUGGUCGUGAUAUGCCGCCCAUGACAAGGCCGACGGCGCAUUCUGUGAGCGGCCACACCCAAGACCAGUCUCUCCUGCCGCCUCAGUUGAAGGACAACCGCUCGCACUCGGCUACGAGUCUGGUGUCCAAGACGCUCCCCCCGGGCAGCUUCUCUACCGAACUACGACCAACCGUCUCGCGAGUUGACAAUGCUCGUGUCGACUUCUCCACCUACGAUGCCGAACAAGCUGCCGCAACCAAGACGACCGAGCAACGUCUCGCCGACUACCGCGACAGAAUCGAGAAGGAGACAAAGAUCAAGAUUGGCAGCGAGAACCUGCUCGAGGCUCUCAAUACAAAGAAUGCAAAACAGAGUCGAGACCAGCGGCGCUUGGUCGAGUCGGAGCUCAACACUUCCAAUCGCAAGAUUGCCCAGCUGAGACUGGAUCUUGAGGCCGAGUUGCAACGUUCAAAGGAGUCUGCACUCAGUCCUGCUACUCGUCUUUCCUUUACUAUACCACAAAGGUCGCCUUCCAACCUCACCUUGCUGCAAGGCACUGCCGAACCUGAUGAAUUGGAUCCGGAGUCAGAAUCACCGUCAUAUAUCCUGGCCGAAAUUCUGCAAGCUCUCGAGACUGAGGACAUGAAGCCCGACUACUAUGUGAGCCAUGCGAAUGAACUAGUGGGGCUGUUUAAGCGUCAUCCUGCUCUCAAAUAUGAUUUGGCCUGGUCUAUAUUUGGUCUACGUAUGCAAAUGAUGCUCCUGAGCGACAGUCGAGAGGUUAUUGCCGCAGGCUACCGCGUCUUGCGACAUGCCAUUACCGAUCGCAAGUCAUUGCAGACUAUCCGAGCACAUCACACAGACUUUCUUGUCAUAUUGUCCUUGGUGAAAGAAGCAAAGGCUAUGGUAGAACGAGAGCAAGCCCUGAAGCUUGUUCGCGCCUUCCUCGAUGUCAAAGACGGUGUUCACGAAGUAGCUCCAGCUGUUGUACGAAUUAUCGUCGCAAUCGCUGAACAUCCAGAAGAUCGCCUAAGGUCCAUAUCGAUUAUGACUCUCGCAGAACUCCUGAUACGUAGUCCUGAUCUGGUUGUUGCUGCUGGCGGCAUCGGUACUCUUGCCGACGCUAUGGGCAAUGGUGCUUACCAAGCUCCAGAAACACUGGCUGCUGUAUUCUUACAUUUACUUGACUUGCCUGCACGAAGAGGUCUAUUGCGCUCAGGCUUCGAGCUGAGUUUGCCAUUUGCAGCCUUCACCGAGCCGCCUACCUCAAGCGCACAUGAGGACCGCAUGAGAUCGAGCGCGAAAGUGGUUGCAGCUCUGUUCAAGAGUUGGUCUGGCAUCAUGACCAUUUCCUUACAUGACUUCUUGCCAGCUCGCUCUGUGGUCUCUUCGCUUCUGAUUGAUGCUGUGGCCGUACGGUCCAUCGUACUUGAACUCCUGUUCGACAUACUGCGCAUCAAACCUCCGUCUUGGUCUUCCUCCUUCUUAGCUGGAAGACGUCUGACUACUUAUGGUCGCGUCACUAAUCUUAAAGCGAAUGAUCAUCACAAGCCUUCCAGCACUGAUCCGAAAGAGGUCUCCAAGAGAAUGAGUCUGAUAGAACACUUUUCCGCAGUUGUCCUGACCAUUCUCUUACGAGUCGGUCUACUACCAGCUUUGAUGCAUGCUGAACGCGACGCACCAAAUCUUGCCCUGAAAAGGAAGACGACGUUGUUGAUUGGCGAGGUGUUGAAGCUCGCAAAUCAGUUACUACCCAGCGAAUGGAGUGCUGAGCUUCAAGUCUUACCUGAUCUGUUCCACCAAGCCACAGCUUUUGGCCAAGAUGAGCGAUCACAAGCUGUAGCGACGGUGUAUCAAGUGGACAGUGUUAACCGCACACUGUAUCGAUCCAUUGGGGGCGGACCUGGCGUCAAGUCUACGCGAGCCGAUGAGUUUGAGCCAAUCAAGUCUGCAGAGCAACCAAAAGUGCAGAUGAGCGCCAAUAUGGAUGAAGCACAAUUCAGAGGAUUGCUUACGGAAUGUCAAGUCUUAAACACUGUGAACUACACAAAGUGGAGAUGGGACCUGAUUCAGCCCAUGAUCGAAGGUCCUCUGACAAAUCCGCGCAGGCUGGAUGAGGCUAUGAAAGCGACCAAAUUUGUCCAUCGUCUGUUAGGUUUCCUUCGACCAUUCAAAUACAGAUUCUCGGAUGCCAAGAACACAAAACCAAACCAGCGCUAUGUCAGAGCUGGCUGUGCGCUUGUCCGAACACUGUUGAUGACACCGGAAGGUACAAAGUAUCUGGCAGAAAAUAAGAUGGUGCGACAGAUUGCAGAGUGUCUGGCUCAAUUUGACCGUAUGAGCGGUAUUACAUCUACCACUCCCCUCUUCUCGCCCGAAAGACUGGCAGAUACGCUGGUUGGUGGGUACUUUGCCAUUCUAGGUGUUCUCUGCAGCGACCAGAAAGGACUACAGUUGAUGGAAAGAUGGAAGAUCAUCAACAUGUUCUACCACAUCGUUGAACUUGAAGGUAGAGACGAUCUUAUCAUGGCGCUUCUCACCAACCUCGACUAUACUCUGGAUAGUCAUCCCAGGAUCAUUCUCUCCAAGGCGAUGAUAUCGGGGUCUAGAGAUGUUCGCAUUGCCGCUACGAGGAUCCUACGCAAGUACGCCAUCAGACCACUAGAUACGAGUCCGAAGUCAAGCGGCAACGGCGAAUGUGCGGCCUGGGCCAUCCGCUUACUAGUCACUCAACUCUAUGAUCCGGAGAUUGAGGUGUGCGAGAUCGCCAUCAAAAUCCUUGAGGAAGCCUGCAACGACAACAACUCUCUCGAAUACGUCGUGAAAUGCCGACCCGCACUAGACCAUCUGGGCGAGAUUGGUGCACCUCUCUUACUUCGCUUCCUCUCAACUUCAGUCGGAUAUCACUAUCUCGACGGCCUGGACUACAUUACAAAAGAGAUGGACGAUUGGUUCCUUGGCCGUAACGACACUUAUGUGACUCUCGUAGAAGCGUCACUUGCUCGUGCCCUGGCAGACAUCCCUGAGAAGGUAGUCUCGAUGUUCGAAGAAACGCCCGAACCUCAAAACUUUGGUCUCGUGCCUCCACACUUCUAUCGCGAACUUACACGCACAGCAGAAGGGUGCGAGCUACUCAAAUCCAAAGGUCACUUCGAAGAAUUUGUCGCUACGAUACAAGACUUUGGCAUGGAAGAGGAAGAUGCCGAGACGAUUGUCAAAGUCAAGGGAUGUCUUUGGGCAGUCGGUAACGUGGGAUCCAUGGAGUUAGGUGCGCCAUUCUUGGAACAAUCAGACGUCACUCAACACAUUAUCGAGAUCGCCGAAAAGAGUGAAGUCCUGACACUAAGGGGUACCGCAUUUUUCGUGUUGGGUCUGAUUUCUAGAUCCCUGCACGGUCAAGAAAUUCUCGCAUCUUAUCAUUGGGAUGGCACGGUGAACAUGCUAGGAGAGUCAUUAGGCUACUGUCUCCCCCUCGACUUUACAAAACUCUUCAACAUUCGCCAAUGGGGGCCCUCCCACCCCUCUCCCUCCUCUCUAACCUCCCCCCUCGGCAUCCCCCACUCCACUCUCCCUCCUGCGCACACAUACUCCCACCUCGCCAACCCGACCAUAUCACCCCAAAACGCAGAAAUCCUCAAAUCAGUAACGAAACUCGGCAACACGGUUCUCUCCAACAAAGCAGCCGCCGACCUCAACAAUUUCAAGGUGAAAAAAGCCCCAGGACUCAAAAGUCCGAAAUUGUUCCUCGAGGUUGUCAAAGUGUUGGAGGGGCAUAGGUAUAGAUUGCCGGCUUGUAGAUUUGUGUUGGAUCUUUUUGAUAGAGGGGUUCUGAGGCGGUUGGUGCUUGAGGAGGAGGAGAGUAGUGAGAGUGAAGAGAGUGAGGCCGAGGAGUUUGAUGAGGCUUUUGGGGGUGGGGUUGGUGGGGUUUGAUGCUUGCGAGAUAGGGAGAUCACGGGGAGCAAUGAGGAAGGGGCAGGCAUGAUGGGAUGGAGUUUUUUUUUACUUUCUCUUGGAGAAUAUUACACGAUGAUGGGCGCUAUCAUGGGCGUAGAGAAAUUUCAUGGCGGUUCUUGUUUGAUCUUUUGGGGGGC